AUGACAGCCGAGGAUUCUGGUCAUAUCAGUGCGGAGGAAAAACGAGUGCAGACAUCGUUCCCGGAGACGGUCACGUACGCAGAUGCGAUGUGCACGGCGUGCUCGCGAAUCCUCCAUGCGAACUGGGUCAACAUCCUCGAGUAUGAACAUCGCUGGAUGCAUGAGCGCGGUGCCUGCGGAUGUCCGGUGGUGUUUCCGGCGCUGAUGGGGCCGAGAGUCAUCGACGGUGGAAGAAGUGCUGAUCGUGGUGAUGACGAUCCUCACUCUGAGUAUGACAGAGUAGAGAGAUAUCGGAGCCGGCAACAGCUUGCCGUUGCCGAACCCCAAGUAGGCUACCAGGGGAGCAACAUGGGCUCAGAUACAACCAAUACUCAAGCAGCGAGAAAGGGUCGCAGGGUGAAGGCUAAGAACAAGAAAUCAGCAAGAGACAAUGGCUAUACUACUACUCACCCGGCGGUAGCUCCUCUUUUCCAAGAGCACGGCCCGAACGAUUCCCCAGACCCAUAUCGAUCAACGCCGUCGGCUUCGUAUAGAAGCCAUAACAAUACUGAGAGCCCCUAUGACGACGACACGCACCAGAUAUUCCGUGUCGCGAUUCGCCUACCAAGCUUAUACGCUGCCGAGUGGACCCAGGACCACCGCCUGCGGCACGAGGACGGUCUCUGUCAAUGUCCCGUAAGCUUCGAGCGAUAUCUCGCCGGGGAUUAUGACUAUGGCGAUCCCGAGGAAGAUUCUGCGUUCGACCCGGAAGCCUAUCAUGAGCGGGAUAGCGAGGUUGAGGUCGAGCCAUACUUUUCUCCUACUGGGGAUGUGACAGAGUACGAAGGCAGUCCUGACAGUCCUGCAGUCAACCAAGGCGCACAUUCUUCAGAUGAGCAAGAUGAGUCUGAAUGUUCAAGUGUCAAAGGUCUCACGGCACAGAAUGAAGAAGAGAGCAGUAAGCGUACCGUCCCGCUCAGGAUAGACGACCAUUACACGUCGACAACUCCGGGUCCAUCGAGACGGCGUUCAACAACUUUUCCAAGACGGUCCCAGAACGAGGAUCAGGGACUAAGCUUCAUGGAACGUGUAGCUGGCCCUGCUGCACCACAACCCGUGGCCACGACACUGUACAGUCGAUCGGGAACCGCAGCAUAUACGCCAUACAGCUCACCAAGCAAAUCCCACGAACAUGCUCAUAAUCAAGCGGGCCACAGCAACCGUAACUACAAUCAGCAUGAGCGACGCAAGGUCUCUCGAACGACGUAUAACCAUGCUCACCGACGACAUAACCAGCAGCAACUCUCACGAAAUGACUCAUCUCCAGGUCGUGAUAAGCGCUAUGCUCGAGAUGGCCAGCGUGGGGACCAUCUGCCUACGAACACAACAGGCAGCGAUGCAAUGACGAAUCGGCUUCCCAUUGCGGGCUUCCCAAUCGGCGCGGGCCCCGAAGGACACUCUCAUGCCGGCGACUUUGAGGCAUGUUGUCUGAGGCUGCCUAGCCUCAGGGAAUCAGCCUCGCGCACAAAUGAAUCUUCUUAA